AUGAGUUCAUCUAUUGUGCCUAUGUUACGUACAGGAUUUGUGAGGCCACUUGUGAGACCUUUCUCCAGUUCGAGUGUCAUUGGAAGUGCUAAAUCAGUCAAGUUCUUGAAAGCUCAAAGAAGAAAACAGCUGAACGAAGCUAAGCAGAAUAAGAUCAAAAACUCAUUGGACGAUGUGGAUCCAGUGCUUGGACGUCCAAAUACACCAUUUAUAGACCGUGUGAUGGCAGAACUCCAAGAACCAAACGUUUUGAUUCCAGGGUACGAGCAUGGAGAAGUGGAAAAGCUAUUGGUAUCCGUUGAAGAGACCAAGAAGAAGCAAGCUAGUUUGACAGGGUUAGAUUCCUUGCUUGAGGAACAGUCUAUCAAAAAUCUAAGGAACAAGCAUGAGGCCGUGCUUCGUAUUAUCAAUAUGAAGAACGCUAGUAACGCAGAUGCCUUGAAGAUGGCUGUCAGAUUGGCAAGAGAAGAAUUCCAAAGAUUCCCCGGGGAUACAGGUUCGAGCGAAGUACAGGCUGCUGUCAUGACCGUCAGAAUUCAUAACUUGGCUAAACAUGUAAAGGAGAAUAAGAAAGAUUUUAAGAACAUUAGAGCGUUGAGAAUUUUGGUACAACAAAGACAAAGUAUCUUGAGAUAUUUGAAGAAAGAUCAGCCUGAAAGAUAUUUCUGGACCAUUCAAAAGUUGGGUCUAACGGAUAAUGCAGCUAUGUCUGAAUUCAAUAUGGAUAGACGUUAUAUGCAAGAUUAUAAAUUCUUCGGUGAUGUUAUUUUGAUUAAGGAUUCGAAUAAGGUUGCCGAUGCUAAGCGUAAGGCUGCUCGUAAGGAAAAAAUGUUCAGUUCCGAGCAAUAG